UUCAGUACGCCGCAGGGAAGCAGUAGUUGGUAGACAUGGUACUUUUUUGACGCUGAAUCGUCUCUCUAAUGGGGAUAAAAUGGUACUUCCAUUCGAACGGCAGCCUCUCUUGCAUAAAAGAUACGCUUCACUUUCUUCUCCAGAGCUCACAAGGUUCUCUCAAGGUGAAAGCGGCGAUGCGUCCCGAGGAGACGAAUAUGCGAAUUUUCUCAAGUCAUUAGCAAAUGGAGAACGACAAGAUGUUGGGGUGUCAAGACCAAAGCCAGCUGUUGCAAAGCAGGACCCAUCUUCCCUACCACCAAAAGAUCCAAAGCAGACCAAAUAUAGAUUGUCACCAAACAGGAGUGAUGGUCUGCUUCAUGUAACAUUAACCGCAAAACAAAAUGUUCAGGAACACCAGAAAAAGAUGAGAGUUAUUGAGGAUCAUAUGUUGCAACAUAAACAAGAGGAAAGAGAACUAAAGCGUUAUGAAGGAGAUAUCGUUAAGAAACAGCAUCAUCUCAGAAGAACAAUGGCUGAGUAUGAAAAUAGUAUUUAUAAAAAGGUGAGGGGUGAAGAAACUAAGCUGAGUGAGAACAAUCAGGGAAUCGAAAGAGUUAAACAGCAACAUGCCAUACAGGAGGACAAGGUCAACAAGGCAAGAACUGAGAGAAACAUGUCUGCUCUUGUGAAAUUUAAAGACAAAGAUAGGAAGGAAGGAUUAAACCUGGGUGAAGUUGAGUUUCAGUACAGUAGAACAGCCAAGCAACUAGAGCUCACUAGAACAGAAAUCUUUUCGCUGACUCAGCAGUUUGAGGAGAAUCUGAAAAGAAUAGAGGAAAGAGGAUUCGAACUGAAAAAGAACUUGGCUGAACUUGCCAUUGCAGCUAACAAGAUGGCGCUGAAAAAGAGGACACAGCAAACAGAUGAUGACAGAUAUGUGAAGGACACAAGCAUUAAAGAUAUUCAGGAUGACAGACGACGAAAACAAAGCUUGACAGAGAGACUAAAAGAAAUAAAAAACCAAGGACUUAAACAUGAAUACGGCAAGCGGCGUUUGAGCAGGGACUUAAUGGUCUCCAAAGAUAUGCUGUCUUUAAAGUCAAGGGAAGAGGGUAGAAAGAUGACAGAUAUUAAUCGCAGGCUUCAACACAAUUCGGUCAGCCAGAAGCAAGCCAAGCAAGCGGCAGAAUAUCUGGAACUCGAUCGACAAGGAAAAGAGAUUGAGGAACGAGGCCAGUUUGCCGAGGCUCGCAGAAACCACCAAAUUGAGCAGCUGACAAAGGAAAGAAGACAACAACACUCACAGCAGAUGAUUGAGUGGAAGAAGCGCUACCUGGAGAAACAAAACGAAACCACUCGGCGGGCCCAUGAAGACAGCGUAAAACAUCUACAGAAAAUUGUGAACAAGAUGGAGGAAACAGAGCAUGCGCUAUACAACCGAGUACGUGCCGCUGAGAUGCAGCGUCGAAAACAAGAACAAGACGUACAAAGAAUCUUUGUUGAGUUGGAACAACUAUCCAAAGAAAACCAGAAAAAAAUGAGGGAAACCCAGGAGCAGUUUAGCCGAAAGAAAGUUGAAUUAGAACAGAAGCUAUUACGAGAGAAAGCUGAACUAGCAAAGGCUCACAAUCAGCGGGAGGAAAGUAUCCAAAGGUUAUUACACCACAGGGCGAAAAUGAACGGCGACAAAUACUUACUUUCUGAGGAGGAAAGGGAACAUGAUCGUCUAGCCAAGAUCGGCCAAAGAACGGAUAAUUUAGAGCAGGAAGUUCAUUCAUGAGUACAACUAGUGUUCUCUGCCCAGUCUACGUAGCAAAAGCUCAUCCAGUGCGGGAGUUACAAGCGCGCAAGAGUAACACUUGUGGUGUUACGCCAUGACCUCUUUCCCGCGCUUGUCGCUCCAAAUAACUUGCGCAAGGUUGAAUCGAGUAUCUGCUACGUAGGCUCAGGUGGCGUUAGCCUAAUUAGUAUGUGGUGUCGCUUUAAAGCGCAUUUGAUGUUAUGUGGUUGUUUUUAGUAAUCUUGACUGCAUGUACAUGUCUGUGUGAUUUUUAAGAUGUUCGUUUGUUUGUUUUAUAAUUUUCGGUCACCGUCUCCUUAAAUUUGUCUCGUAUGCAACAAGCGGUUGACAAUAUUGACUGUAUCAAGAAGUUAGGGAGGCAGUUGCGAGAUUAGGUCAGCAUGGUUGAGAGAAGAUACAAGUAACCUUCAAAGUUACACUCUGCUGAAACCUGUGAAACCUUAAAAAUAGCGUAACAUCGUCUCCAGAAAAUAACGGGAAUCACGUUGUUUGUACUCCAAGGCCCCACUUAACGAUGUCCCUCGUAAAAGCGCCGCUCUCAGCGCAUAAGAUGUGAAUGUGUGGUGCAUGUUUCAACUCCAUGUUAGGUCUUCUUCUUUUGCUGAAGUCAGCGCCAGAAUUCUGGAGAGAAGUGUUGGUUGACUUAAAGCUUAACUGUCCCUAAAUCUCACAACGUAUUUUGAAAAAAAUAACUAUUUGUGUGAGCUAACAUUUUUAUAAAUUUUUAAAUUUGUGAAAGAAAUUUGAAUGUAGACACCGCUAUUUAGAUGAAAACUCAAUUUCUACACACACAAUACCUAAGUCAAAACCGUGUGGUCCACAGACAGCGACUGCACCAGUCAUUGCUGAGAACAGUCUUUAUCUGAGUCAAGAAAUCCAUAAUGUGUAGGUCCCAAUUCUUCAAUUAGAUUGCCAUAGGAUGGAAAGAAGAUAAGUGAGAAUUUUUUUUUUUGGCAGGGAGAGGCGGCUAAGUUGCUAACCGAGAUUUUAUUACAUGUGACGACAAGUUUCAAAAAGCUAGGUUACUUUACCAAAUGUGGACAACAAAUGAUGAACACCACAACGUACGGUAUUGAGUUAUGGAUGCUCGCGGGAGGUUGCUAAGCACAAAAGCAGUGCAAGAGUCUCUUGAGGAACACAGCGGUCAAACACUGCGCAUGCACGAGAGUUAGAAAACAAUAAGAGGGAUUUCCGAACGCGUGUUUAGCGUAAAGUGAGGAAGAAAGGUGAAAUUCCUAACUAUUGCUAUGCUCGAGACAAAUAAAAGAUGGAUGCUGGAGAAAGAUUAAAUAUGGGUCUUAUUUUAUUGUGAGAUAUUCCAACUGUUCAUUGACUGUUUUAGUUUCGGCGAUGAAGGCAAAUGACCGAACCUCUCUUCUACUCUUGUUGCACGGUCUACUGUCCGCUGUAAUCGUCACAAACAUCUUGUGUAGUUCUAGUUCUUCCUUUUUCUAACAUUUUCCUCGGUGUUUACUGGCAACUCCGCCGUGAACAUAACAAAGCUAGCACGGCCAAGUUUAUGGAAGAGUUCAUCACGCCGCCGUGGAAAGUGUAAAGAAAGUACGAGAGUGUAAACUAACACAAAGUGGGUAAAGUCUAGAACUUGCAAACUUCAGAAUUUUCCUAGAAACUGCGAAAACCCACGUCUCACGUAGAUUCUCCAUGUAUGCAAUAGCAAAUUUUCCAUCUAAGGACGCAUGUGCAAUUAUUUGACCACUGUGUUCGCUUAAGGCGAUAGCCGAGGGAAACUCUAGCUCUUUGAGUACUUAGAAACCAUCCGCGUACAACUAUUACUCGAUAGUGUACGCUGUGGUUUAUCCAUUUAUUUUGAACAUACCAUCGGUGCACAGCAGCAAAAGAGUUUCUUUUAGUUGAACCAUUCUUACUUGACCAGACAAAACAAACGCGAAAACUAGUCAUUGCAUUUGCUCACAUUAACAGUGUAUACACCCAUGGGCAAAUAGUAGACACUGAAUUGACCAAUUAGAGUGCGCCCUCGUCGUUGUUUAUGUUAUCAUAUAAUUUCAUGUAUGCUUUUUCAUGACCUUUACACAGUGACAACGGAUGUAGUUUCUGGAACACUUUUCUGCCUCAAAGAAAGCUGUAAUGCCAGAGCACUAGUUUAAAGUUUAGCUCUGUGUGAAAAUAAGAAAAACUACAACUAUUUACUUCAUUGUAGAGGUACUUACAGGUGAAUUAGGGUGAGUAAGGUUUUUAAAUCAGCAUUAGUAAUGUCUUAAUGUACUUUUUAAAGUGAUGGAUGACUUUUGGGCUCGUUAACUCUUUUGACAACAGUUACCUCUGUCAAAUAGGAAUAUUUUCACAGCAUUAUUCGGCGCGAAUGAACUUUGUGAUGGCGAGAAGCAACAUGCAGAAAAAAGACAAUGUGCAAAAAAAAAAAAAAAUUUAAAAAAAUUUAAACCAAGUUUAAUGCUAAACUUGGGACGACAAGGUGUCGUUUUGAGUAAUGUAAUGUAAUUGUUUUUAUUUUACUGGAAUAUUUGGCAAGUUUAUUCGAUUAGAGGCCCUUAGAUUCUGAUUCGAUUACAACCGUGAGUUCAAGAUUUUCCAAUUUUACAACGUUUGGCACGCGUGAACAAGUUUUGUUUUUUUUUAACGUUUUAAAUCUUUACUUAAAACACAUCUUUAUAGAUUUGCUUUUCAUAAGUAAUGUUCUUAAAAUUUUACGUUACGUACCAAGAGUUUUUAUUUCAAUUUUUAGCUUUAUUUAUUUUUUAGCUUAAUUAAUAGGUACAUUUGAGUUUUAAUUUGCUUUUUACCUUUUUAAUGGCAUUGUACCGCGCUUUUGAUCAUAUCUGCAUGGAAAAGGCGCGUUAUAAAUUUGUAAUUAUUAUUAUUAUUAUCAUUGUUUUUCGAGCGGAGUAACACAAUAGAACUAGUGAACUAGUGUUGUAAUGAAAAAAUUAAGAUAUUGGACACGUUAGCGGUUGUACGUUAUACAACAUAGGAAGGGCGCAAUUUCCUCCAACCGAGAACUCUACUUGUGCAAACCUUUUUGAAUCUGAAGAAGCUUUAGGAGGUACGAGCAUGUUAGUAUUUCGCUUUCCACUUGAUGUCAAAUCUUCUUGUAAUCAAACUCUCCCUAGAAUCUCAAGGCCUCUAAUGAUGCUUGUUUGUGUUGUCCUCUCUGGAAAAUAGGUAGGGAAGAAGUUAUGAUUUUAAUAUCGAGAGUGAAGAAAAAUGUUUGACACUUACACACCUGUGAAUAUUUCAAAUAAAUUAUUAUUGUUUUA